AUGGCGUCGCUUCUCGCAGCGGCCCUGCCGUCUCUGCAGUGCAUGUCCAGCACGCGAGUCUCCUCCGCUGACGCAUUCCAAUCGCACGGCCCCACGGUCCUCUCUUCUGCCGCACUCGGCCUAACGUCGGGUUCAGGCUCGGGGGCCAGCGCCGCACUAGCUGCAGCUUCGGCAUCAGGCUCAGGAGCAGGUUCGGUGAAGCUGAUUUCCGUGGUCGGCGAGGCUGGUAACCUGGUUUCGCAGGGAAUCGCGUGUGCGCAUGGCGACGGGAGGGGCGGGAAGCGCGCCAAGUACAUGGAGAAGCAUCAAGCGGAGAAGCAUUUCGCGGAGAAGCAUCACCCGGGCGGGAUCAGCUUCCAGAUGGAUUCCGCCGUUGCCCCUUCCGCCCCGCCUACGCCCAUGGCGCCUCCGCCUGACCGCAUCUCCGCCAAACACGCCACGAAGCCCGCCGCGCCUGGCGGUGGUUCGGCGCAUGUUUCUCUCGAUCGCGCCACCGCGCCGCAUGCUUCAACGCCGGGGGAACUGGCGGCUGCGACGCUUGCGGACUGUCACCCCCCGUACAGUCACAUCCCGCAUUGUCACAAUCAAGGCAGCGGGGAGGAUCAGCUGCCCCCGUUAGUGUCACGCGAGGCUGUCGCGGAGGCGAGCCCGCUCGGGCUGACGCUUCGCAAGACGCCGUCGCUGAUGGAGUUCAUUUCGCACAGGCUGUCGCAGGGCGCUGGCGACGCUGGCCACGACGGCGCGGGCGACGGUUCUGACGACAUGGAUAUGACAGAAGAGGCGCGGACGGGCGUACCUAGCGGCGGAGAGGGCGGAGAACCUGCGGGGCCGGCGCAUACGAUGUGCGGAGGCGACGCGCAGCGGACGUCACGCGGGAUGGGCGGAGGGGGAAUGAACAGUAGCAGCAGCAGUAGCAGCAGCGAGGCGGAACUGGGUGGCGGGGGGAUGGCGCAGGGCAGCAGCGCGCGGGGGAAUGGAAGCCGCGCGCGGGACGAGCCUGUCCGCCCCGGUAGCGCUCCCGCGCACCAGCAGGCGCAGGAGCAGGGGCGCGCGCAGGGCAAGGGGAUACCAGCGCUAGUGGCGUUCGGCGGAGGCGCAACCGCGUCGGACGGGGGUUUCGCGUCCCCCGAUGGCGCGCUAAUGGCGGAAGGCGCGCUCGCGUCGUUUAGCUCGCCGUUCCCGGCGCUGCCGGCGCAACCGGCGGACAAGCUGAAGGCAUCCAACUUCCCCGCCACGCGCAUGACCAUCGGCACCUGGGAGGUGCGCGCGGGGAUGGGGGGUAGUGUAGCGCGGAUGUUGCGCGGAUUUUGCGCGGAUGUAGCGGGCAUGAGGGGCAUGGAGGCAGGAAUGUGUGACGGAAGGCGGCAUGCCGUGAGUGCGCGAGCAUUCCGCGCGUGGUGCCGUUCAAUGCGGUCUCGAAUCUGCGCCCCCCUUGUAUUCCUAAACCCGCUCUAA